AUGACUAGCGCAACUGGCAUUUAUCAAACUGCCACAGACUUCGAACCUGCUAUAUAUAAACGUUUGGAAGGAUUACAAACUACAUAUGCUGACGAGUUCUACGAACUGGGUUCCAGUUUUGACAAUUUCUGGUCUACGUCACCUUCCCUUGAGGAUAAAUGGAAUAUCCAAUCUAUUUCAGCGAAAGGUAGUACUAACACUAAAUCACAGCAGCAGAAGAUUAAAAAGUCUAAGCUUACACUGAAGAAAAUGAUUUCAACUGUUAUGACUGGAUAUACACCAGAAGAUAAGGCUAAUGCAAGCCUAAAUAAAGCAUUCAAUACAGAUUUUAACUUUGAAGAAUUUAAAGAAGUAGAACUAAGACAAGAAUCCAAAUAUUUUGCAAAAGGACUUAGAUGGACAGAAAUAGAAGGAAAGUCUUUAGGAAAUAAGAAGCAAUCUACUUUAAAAAAUAAAGGCUUUGAUGGCAAUGACAAACUUACAAUUUUAGCUGAAAUUAGGGUAUUGCUAAAAUCACUGACCAACUGA